AUGACGAUGGUCAUGGAGAACCAGAACCGCCAGUAUGGCGGCAUGAGCUUCGAGAAUGUCUACCACCACACUCCCCCUCAGUUCACCGAUCCCUGGGCCGCCGCGCACACCUCGUCGCACUCGACCCCCCCAGUCUACGCGACCUCGAUGGGCAACAGCAAUAGCAUCCCCCUCAACACCGUCAAGCAGGACGAAGUGAGCCGCUCCGCCGGCAUGUCGAUGCCCUACCCCAACAUCCCCGUGUCCGCGCCGUCCAUGGUGCCUGGGAGCAACUACCCGUCUGCCAAUUAUGGGCCGGGCCCCGAGGUGAUGGGCAUGCAGCAUGAGGUGCCGCGGACCACCUUCGAGCAAGGACCAAGCUACACGACUGCGCCGCCGCCCUUGAGCAGCUUUGCGCCUCCCAGCUAUGCGCCCGUCAGCUACGCCCCAGUGCACCCAUCGCAGCCCCAGGACGCCCGACGCAUUUCGCAUUCUGAUGCCCGCGGACAGCCUCCAACAGCCCCGACCUUUGGUGAUGCGCUCGACGCCAGCCGUGGUAUGGUCGCUCUCAGCCAGGACCUGACGCCGCGCAACAUCUACGGGCCCCGUGGCGCCCGCGGCUCAGCCGACUCGUACGGGUUCCCCUCGACUCAUUCGUCUGCCUCGUCCAUCUCGUCCGGCGGCAACUACCCUUACUACAGCGCCUCCGUGGGCUCUGUCGACUCCUCCGUGACGGACUACAGCUCGACUACGUCGGAGUCGUACGAGUCGCGGACACUGCCGCGGCCCACCAGUCUCUUGGCCGGCAGCGCGCCCCCAGGCCCGCAGUCGAUGAUGAGCCAGUUCAGCUCGAAGAUGCCCUCCAACACCCAGAAGAAGCACAAGUGCAAGGUUUGCGACAAGCGGUUCACGCGCCCGUCCUCGUUGCAGACGCACAUGUACAGCCAUACGGGCGAGAAGCCAUUUGCGUGUGACGUUCCCGGCUGUGGCCGACACUUCUCUGUUGUCUCGAACCUGCGCCGGCACAAGAAGGUGCACAAGGGCGAGAAAGACGCCUCCGGCGACGACGAGGAGUAA